GAAGUACCUUCGGGGAAAGACUGUAAGUUCGUUUGUGGUUUGGCACUAAACUCCUAGUAGAGUUUGCCAUUUUAUGCGGGACCCCGUCAAGUCGAUCGUCAGCAAAACCGACAUCAACCGCCUGCGCAAGCAACGCCAAGUCAAGGCCAAAAAGAGCGCGCCACUGGAGCAAGUCUUUGUCCGCGUCAAGACCGAAUCCAAACUAGACAAAGUUCGCCAGGACCUUGCCGACGCUAUCAACCGCGUCAAACGAAUCAAUCGCCACUUCGAAGACGUUCUUAUCAAGGAGUUCGCGUCCACAGACCGACGGCUAAUUCCCAAUACCCGUUCUGUGCUGCAAACGCUCAACGUGCACCUUCACAAUUGCUCCAAUCUCGUCGACAAUAUCCUCUUAAAGAAAGUCAAAUUCUACCUUGAAGAGAAGAACCUGCCACUUAUCAAAUCUCGUGGCUACAAGUAA